AUGGCUAAAAAAACUUUGGCUGAGCAGAUUUCCCAGUUUUCUACUCCUCAAACAGGAUUUGAUAUUGAGGAUGCUGAACUUGGAAGAGACGGCUUUGAAAGCGACGAGGAGGAACUAAGCUCAAAUUUUGAUGACUCUGACGAUGAGUUGAAAAAGCUGCAUUAUGUUGAGGUCCCUAAAUCAAAUUUGAGAGGCGUUCAAUCCCAGCCAACUAUGCCAAAAAAGUACGGCGGAAAUCGAAUAAGUAGAGACGAAUUGAAUAACUACCUGAAUGAAAUAGACUCCGAAGAAGAAGUAAGUAAUGGAGGCUCUGACGACUACGGUUCUGAACCAGAGGAAGAUGCUUCUUCUGGAGGAGAUAGUAAUAAUGGAUCGAACUUCUCAGAAAGAUCAGACGAAGGAGAUGAUGAUGAUGCAAGUGAGGACGAAGUAUAUAAUGAUGAGAUAGAGAGUGCUUAUGAAGAGACACCUGCUGGGAAAUCUGACGAAGAGGAAGAGGGAAAUGGUGAUCGCUAUAGCAAGAAAUCUAAAUUGAAGCAAAUACUAUCCAAUGAGCGUAAGCAUGUUGUCAAUCGAAUGUCUAAUUCGACCUCUAGUGAUGCCCUUAAGGGCUUUGCUAUAUUGCAGCAGCUGAAAUUUUUUGAUUCAAUAAUAGACGUUAGAUUGAAAGUCCAGAAGUCACUUUUGAAUUCUAAUUUGCUUCCAUUCAAUUCAGAUGUUGUAAAAUCUGGUGCCUUGGCAACAAAUAAGACUGAUAAAUAUAUUUCAGAAGCUGAAGAUAAGUGCUAUGACUUGCUUGACAGUAUCUUCGCCUUAAGACAUCAAUUAUUGACUAAAGAUUCUAUUACUAGCGAACCAAGAAAAAUCAAGCCGAGGAAAAGAACCUAUGAUGACUAUUUGGGGACUUCCAAAAAAUUCGAUUCUAUUUUGAAUUCAUUUCGUGAGUCAGCUCUUACAAAAUGGUCUGCUAAAAUACAGAAUGCAUCAGGCUCAAAUGCGUUGAACGCUAGUAAAUUUAAAGUGAUUAAUCAAUCUGCCGAACAACAAGUUCAAAAUAAUUUGUCUGACAUGGACCGAUUAGUUAAAAGAACGCAUAUGAAUAGAAGACGAAUAAAGCCUUUGGGAGUUGAUUUGUAUUUUCAAAACAAUAAGCAAGAAACAGGUACAAGUGAGAUGGAUGUAAAUGCUGAUAUCCCGAUUGAAAAUGAGUCAACAAAUGUAUCAGAUCUCACAACGAUCGACAAGAUUUAUGAUGAUGAUGAUUUUUACCGCGUGUUGCUUAACGAUUUGGUCGAUAAAAAAGUGCAAUCGAGUGACCCCACAUCAGGUUUUGCCAUUAAUCUUACAAAGGCGAAUAAUUCCCAAAAAUUUAAAAAGAAUAUUGAUACUAAGGCGUCAAAGGGACGUAAGCUACGUUACCACGUUCAAGAACUUAUAUCAAACUUUGAAGCACCUAAGGCAUCGUGGAAGUGGGAUGAUAAUCAGAUUGAUGAAUUUUUUGCUUCCUUACUUGGUCAAAAAGUGAAUAUGGAUGAGCAGGAGGAUGAAGAUAGUGAAAGGGAUUCUGAUAGUAACAAUGAUGACGUUACAGUUACUGCUGGCGAUAAUGGAAUCAAAUUAUUUGGAUAA